CCAGCUUCCUCCACCCAGAAGGCUCUCGUUGGACCUGUAUCUUGGAUCUCGGCGCUGAUAUUACCCUCCAGUGCAGGUAAUGGAGGCAGUCUCUGCCCGGAUGGCGGCCAGGGACCGCUUCGGUGUCAUGGGAGACCCGGGGCCAUCCCAGUUACAACGAUACAUACAGCAGGCUUGCAGUCCCGAAAACUACGAGCCUAACCUGGCUUUGAAUCUCGAGAUCUCAGACCUUAUCAAUUCCAAAAAAGGAAAUGCGCCACGAGAAGCAGCGGUUGCUAUUGUCGCUUACAUCAACCAUCGAAACCCCAACGUCUCAUUACUUGCUCUCAACCUCCUCGACAUUUGCGUGAAGAAUUGCGGAUACCCUUUUCAUCUUCAGAUUAGUACUAAAGAGUUUCUUAACGAGCUUGUCCGACGGUUUCCUGAGAGCCCGCCGAUUCGGCCAACGAGGGUACAGCUGAAAAUUCUGGAGGCUAUUGAAGAAUGGCGGGGGACGAUAUGUCAGACAUCACGAUACAAGGAGGAUUUAGGGUUCAUAAGGGAUAUGCAUAGGUUGCUCAGUUACAAGGGUUAUAAGUUUCCAGAGGUCCGGAGGGAGGAUGCUGCUGUGUUAAAUCCCAGUGACAAUCUCAAAUCUGCGGAAGAAAUGGAGGAGGAAGAAAGAGCUGCACAGUCCGCCAAGCUACAAGAGUUGAUUCGUCGUGGCGGGCCAGAAGAUCUCCAAGAAGCGAACCGACUGAUGAAGAUUAUGGCAGGAUAUGAUACCCGACAGAAGACUGACUAUCGCGCAAAAGCGGCUGAGGAAGUUGCAAAGGUUCAGCAAAAAGCCAGGCUAUUGGAGGAACGUCUCGAGGCGUUUCAACCAGGCGAUACUAUGACCGAGGGCGAUGUUUACGAGGAAUUGGCUUCGGCACUCCAGAGCGCGCAUCCGAAGAUCCAGAAAAUGUGCGAGGAAGAGUCUGAUGAUCAUGAGGCGGUGGCAAAGCUCCUGGAAAUCAACGACAGCAUACAUAGAACUGUGGAGCGGUACAAGUUAAUGAAGAAGGGAGACGUGAAUGCAGCCUCGAAGAUCGCAAAGGGGACUUUGGGAACGACCACGGGUGUUGGCAAAAAUGCUGCAAAUGAGCUCUCGUUGAUCGAUUUUGGGGGUGAGGAGACGAAUGGGAGUAGUUCCGCCGUCCCUGUGGCAGCGUCGAAUUCUGGAGGACUCGAGGAUGAUCUGCUGGGACUUUCUUUGGGAGGCGGCUCUUACGGGCAAGGCGGCGGGAUUUCUCUGGGAUUUGGAAACAACACAAAUAUUCCUGGUCCUGCAUUGAUUUCUUCGACGACCGAACACAGCACUGCAAGAGGACCGACACCUACGAGGUCGCCAGUUCCGUCACCACCAGCACCACAGGUACCACCAAAACCCGAUUAUUCUGCCUUUUCUUCCUUUGGCUCAUCACAGCCUAUCCCUCAAUCUACAACUCCGCAGCCAUCACUAUUCCAGCAACAAUCGAUCGAGCCUGCGAAGCCCCAAAGCCCUCCUGCUGACCCCUUUGCCGCUCUGACGUCUACAAUGCGACAGUCAACGCCCCAACAAUCUCAGAAGUCUAUUUUUGAUUUCACUCCUCCCCAGCCGCCUGUAAACAACUCCGCUCCACCAGCAGCUGCUGCAGAUGAUGAUGAAUGGGCAUUCUCCUCUGCGUUGCCAGAAGGGCCCCCAUCCUCCAAUACCAUUUUGGUCAACGACACAAGUUUGAGCAUUUCUUUAUUCGUGACCCGAGAACCAUCAAUGCCAACAGUGAUCACAAUGUCGUUGACAUUUUCAAAUAAAACAGAUCAACCCAUAUCGGAGCUAACAUUUAUGGCGGCAGUGACUAAGGGAUACUCACUUAAGCUGCAACCGCAAAGCGGGCGGCAUUUACAACCACACCAACAAGGAGGUGUAAAGCAGGUUAUAUACCUAAACGGGGUGGAACAAGGGAAAGGUGACUCGGUGAAGUUACGAUGGAAAGCUUCAUAUAAAGUCGGAGUACAAGCGGUCAACGAGCAGGGGGAGAUCUCGACAUUAGGAAUAGCUUGAGGAGAAACGCUAUCAGAAUCGAACAACUUGUGGUCAGGCCUUAUAUCCCGAGUCUAUCCAUCGGUUGAGAUCGUGGGUUCUUUGUCUACUCACACACCGUGCUGCAAACCAAGAGAGAAUUUGAGUUCCACUAUUUAGUCCUUAUCUUCCAGUCAAUUAUUAACUACCUAGUGACCCGAGUCGAAUAUGAACCAGG